CGGCUGGAUCACCAGUGUCAUCAGUCACUCCUACGACGGGAUUCGGGUCUGUGUCGUGUUCUCGUCCGCGGUUCUCCAUUCUACGGGGUCGUAAGAGUGUGUUCGUAGUCGAAGAGGGAAAGGAAAUCCUUCGAGAAGAUGUCCUGAAGAAAGGUGUCUCCAACCCCUAACCCCUGUCGACGUGUCUUGGCUGCUGGUCUUCCUUUGGGCCUCCGUGUAUUCCCCGGCGAAGCUGCAGAAUGUACACGCAGCUGUACAAGAAGUACUUUCCACGAUGGCUCCCGACGCGUUUGAUGAUCGGUAUAAUGAUGUUCACCGCCUGCUGGACGAACUACAUGUGUCGUCUGCAGAUGCCGAUACUCGCGGUGCCGAUGAUCCACUCUGAGGGCGGUAACAACACUGGCGGAGCAUGCAAGACGGACGACGAUUCGCGUGUACGUCGUGCGAUAUCGUGGUUGGACCCUGGCCUCGAGCUCGAGGACUACAUUCUAUCCGAGCGUCUUAAGGCGGCCGAACAAAUUGCGCAGAAAUCGUUAAACGCUCGCGUCUCGCGGGCGAGCACCGACGACGCUCGGCCGUCGGACUCGCCGAUCGAGCUGUUCAACGGGAGUCCGUUCGAUUGGAAACCGGAAGUACGAGGUCAGCUGAUCGCUGCGUACAGUUACGGAAACGUUCCCGGGAAUCUUCUCGGCGGUGUAAUGGCGGUACGAUGGGGACCGAAGAAGGCGAUUCUAUGGACCUCUGUGGUAGCCGCGUUGGUGUCGUUGAUCAGUCCGAUCCUCGCUCAGCUGCACUGGGUCGUUUUGCUGUUGACUAGGGUGAUCGUCGGUCUCGCUGGUGGCGUCACGUUUCCCGCCUGUCACUCGUUGGUCGCCCAGUGGUCGCCGCCCGACGAGAAAUCGAGGUUCGUUUGGUCCCUCCUCGGCGGCACGUUCGGCACGAUUCUAACUUAUCCGAUGGUGGCGAUGAUUGCCGAGAACUUGAAAUGGGAGAACGGAUGGUACAUACCCUCGUUGCUGAUGCUUGUAUGGAUACUGUUCUGGGCGGUGCUGACCUACGACAGUCCGGGGGAACAUCCGGGUAUCUCGAACAAGGAGAAGGAAUAUAUUCUAGAAUCGCAAGCGGGUACCGUGAGGAAGACGAAACCCUCGUUGAGAGACACGCCGUUGAAGGCGAUCCUCACCUCGGUGCCAUUUCUCAGCCUGACCUGUUGCCACUUCGGGAACCUGUUCAUAUUGUUCUUCUAUCAGAACUCGAUGAUGCUUUAUUUGACCAAAGCGUUGGGCUUCGAACUGACCAAGGGCGGGAUCGCAGCGAGCUUGCCGUGGGCGAACAGGUUAUUAUUGGGUUUCGUGUUCAGCUGGGGCGGCGACGUUCUCAAGCGCAAAGAGAUCGUUACUCUCACCAUUCUCCGGAAGGGCGCCACCGUCUUCUCUCACCUAGUCCCAGCCGUGUUUCUCAUCCUGGUCGGCUACGUUGGCUGUAGAUUUGUUCUGGCGAACGUAUUUCUGGUGUUCGCAUUAGGCUUCAACGGAGCAGCGGCCAUAUCGAAUCUGUCCAACAAUCAGGACCUGUCCCCGAAUUUCGCCGGUCUUCUAUACGGUUUGAUGAACACGAUCGGUUCCAUGUCCGGUAUGAUAAUUUCGCCACUGGUCGAGGAGAUCGCGGGAAAAUACGGAAAUCCUAUAGAGAAAUGGCAGAUACUGUUUUGGAUCGGGGCAGGCGUCUGCACGGUUUGCAUGGUGAUCUUCGUUCUCGGCGGGAGCGGUAACAUUCAAAGUUGGAACGAGAUUCGCAGCGAGGACGACGCGGAACAAGCUCGUAGGGACUAGCUGUCCCGAAAAAGCGCCGUAGGAUUCUUAUACCGUGUUACCCAACAGUUUUAUUGAAAUUAAGACAGCAAGAAGAGGAGAGAGAAAGAGAGAUCUGGGCUACGUGUCGACGCGUGAGUGUAAAGCGUUGUGAACUUUCACUUGGAUGAAAAUCGUGGCUGAGUUCUUAAUGGAAUAUUUUAGUAAAAACCUUUGACGGGCAAAGCGAAGCGUCCCGCGACGGCGCCUAGCGUUGUUGUGUAUGUUUUAUGAAUCUACCGAUGCACGGAUGCGUUUCUUAAAAGAGAGUGAAAUUUAUAGUACAAGACACGUUGUUCAUGUGACACAACUUUGUAUACCAAAUGGAACUUGUUAAUUUUGUACGUAAUUUAGUAAUGUUGUGUAUAAAGUGAUACUUUCGCGUCGUUACGUUAUCGAAUAAAGUACCUUUAUAAUCGUAA